AUGGCCGGAUUCCUGACCAUGCGCAAUAUCUUUGUGCGCCCUGCAGAUGCUGCAUUGGCCAGCGCACGCCGCUUGGAUGCAGAACGGGAGAAGAGGGCAAUGGAACCAGCGCGGGGCCGAGACGACUUGGCGAAGUCAACUCUGGCCAAUCUGGCGCAAGUGUUCAAGCAGGGACGAGUCUUCAUUCGAGCGGGCGGACUGCUUGCAGCCGCCAUUCCAAGGGCCGUCGCAGCGCCCCAGCCACCACGCGUGCCUGGGCUAGCAGCAGCGACAGUACCGGCCCCAGUGACGCCACCUGGGUUCACGACACCCCAGGCAGCCCCACUGCGGAACCCUGCUGUCACGACGGGAGGAGACCAGCGCGUGCAGCCGGAGUUACCAGGCGAUGGUGGAGCGGACCUCAGGGCCCUGUACUUGGCGCAGUCAACAUACGCGUCUACAGUUGUUGGGUCCCAUGCUGCAGUCGCCGGACCAGCCGCUAGAGCAACACUGGGGGGCGACGACCCUGUGCCAGUGGACCUCACCUUAGCAGGUAGGGCCGUGGUCACUGAGGUUCAAAGGCCUGCCCCAUUUUACGGGUAUCCUGUCUGGCUUGGUGUGCUCCUUCAACUUGGAUACUUGGAGGAACUCGAGCAGGGCGUUUUCAUGAGGCGCACAGACCGCACCAGAUGGACUGUGCACCCGGAUUUGAACGACCUGACACUUCAAGCAUACAAGCGCAGAACACAGAUUACGAUUUUCACACGUCUGGUCCGAGACCGGGAGCUGUUCGCUCAAGGAAACGAGGUGUUCAACGACGCGGUCGUGCAUGAGCGCCUUGAUACUGACCUCGAACGUGAUGCAGCAUGGCCGGAGUUGAGGGCUUCUGGGUCUGUUCCGACUGUCGCAGCUGGUGGUUUGGCUGAUGAUGUGACUGUUUCAGCUGAUGUUCCGUCAGAGGAGGAUGAUGAGACUGUUGCAAGUGAGGCGACUGACUCCGAGUUCGGUGACACGCCUGUUGCGUCUACUAAGUCACGCACGCUGCGUAUUGACCCUACACGAAAGGGCCGUAUCACCCGGCAGAUGCACGAAGACGGGUCUGCCACUGCUGUCUUGCGCCAACUUGCAAAAUCCGACGUGCUGUUUGCGUGUGCGGAUCCUGCUGGCGGUGUCAACAUGUGGAUGGAUCGGAAGUAUUACUUUGCUCACCUUGUGCCGGCAUCCCUGCUGGAGGGGGGAGCGUCUGUGUCUGAAGCGCGUGCGUUUACAGCAGACAUGCCGUCAGGCACGGCGGGUGAAACCACUGUUGGUGCAUAUGUGGUUGUCACACCAGGAGACAAUGACAAUGUGCUGCUCGGAAUGAGUGUGAUUGGGAAGGUCGGACUCACUGUGAAUGCCUACAAAGGCAAGAUGAAGUACUACAAGGACUGGAAGACACGGGGAACAACUUCUGUGCGGAUACCUGCUGUAUUUGAAAUGCUGUACCGUGCCGCACCCCUGUCGUCCAAGAUCGCAAAGGAAGCCGUGGUGGUGGAUGCGCGCGUGGCAAGCGUCAUGCCACAAAUGGCCACUCCAGUGUUAAAGCCUGAUAUGCAGCAUGCAAACUUCCAGUACUACACGUACAGGAAGCGGCUUCUGGAGGAACUCGAUCUGUCCUUUGAUGAGUCCGUGAUGGCUCUGCGGCAAAAAGAGGCAACCCCACCUCCUAUUACGCUUGCAGAGUACACCAACCUUCGGCCUCUUAACUAG